GGGAGCGGGACUUAGGUGCGUGGCAGGCAAACACGCGUCAUCAAAGGCAUAUCACCCCGCCGCACCCGCUCCUCUCCCUCCUCAGCCAGAACCACCACCCAUCCCCCAAACCGUCCUCUGCGCAACACAAGUCAUGUCUGCCCAAAACCUGCAGCAACACCCCGCCGUUCGGACGGCCCAGGACAAGGCCAACUACUACCUGCACCAGCUGGACAAGGAGCUCUCAAAAUACUCGCUCUUCACCACCUUCGAGCAGCGCACCCAGGUCCCCAAGAGCUAUGCCUUCAUCGGCGCCGUCAUCAUCCUCGCCGUCUUCCACUCCAUCAACGUGUCCGCCGCCCCCGUGUCGAACCUCAUCGGCUGGGCGCUGCCCGCCUAUCUCUCCGUCAAGGCGCUCGAGACGCCCGGUCACCAGGACGACAUCCAGUGGUUGACCUACUGGGUCGUCUUUGGCUUCUUCAACUUCCUCGAGAGCUUUGCCCUCCGUGUCGUGCUCUACUACUUCCCGUGGUACUUUGCCACCAAGACGCUGUUCAUCCUCUGGCUCCAGCUCCCUGCCUUCCGCGGCGCACAAGCUCUCUAUGCCACCGUCGUCAAGCCCGUGUUUGUCAACGUCCACCACAAGACGGGCUCCACCGCGACGACAACGACCUCUGAGCCGGUCGCGGUCGGCUUGGAGUAGGCUGCUUCGGUCUCUCGUUUGGUUGUUCCCCUUCACAUUCGCAACAAUUCCGUAGACUGCUCGCUAUAUGUUUCCCUUGUUUGUCACAUACAGGCUUCUGUGGGUGACGCGCUGUCGAGUUGCCGGGGUGAAGCUGUUGGGCUGCAGGACGUUCUAGCCGUGACUCGUAUCAUAUGAUGGUUGUGUAUCUGACUGUUUACGAAUAUUCACGAUGUCAUGACCCACAA